AUGCUCCUGUCGCGCCCGCUCGAGGCGCCGCCGACCCUCGCCCAGCGCCUCGACUCGCCGCACGCGUGGCUCGCGCUGUACUUUGCGUUCAACCUCGGCCUCACCCUCUUCAACAAGCUCGUCCUGCAAGGGUUCCCGUUCCCGUGGACGUUGACGGCGAUCCAGAUGCUCGCCGGCACCAUCGGGACCCAGGUCCUCCUGAGCCGCGGCGUGUUCACCCAGGCGCGCCUCACGAGCCGCGAGAACGUCAUCAUGUUCGCCUUUAGCGGCCUGUACACGAUCAACAUCGCCGUCAGCAACCUCAGCCUGCACCUCGUCUCGGUCCCCUUCCACCAGGUCGUGCGCGCCAUGACGCCCCUGUUCACCAUCGCCAUGACGGUCACGCUCUUCCGCCAGCGGUACUCGCGCCAGACGUACCUCGCGCUCGUGCCCGUCGUCGCCGGCGUCGCGUUCGCGACCUACGGCGACUACUCGUUCACGCCGUGGGGCUUCUUUCUCACCCUCCUCGGCACCUUCCUCGCCGCGGUCAAGGGCAUCGUCACGAACCGGGUCCAGGUCGGGCGCCUCAAGCUCCACCCGCUCGACCUCCUCGUGCGCAUGAGCCCGCUCGCCUUCAUCCAGUGUGUCUUCUUUGGGUGGGCGAGCGGCGAGCUCGACCGCGUGAGCGAGUACGCGACGACCGAGAUGACGCAGAGCAAGGCGCUCGCGCUCGCGCUCAACGGCGCCAUCGCCUUUGGACUUAACGUCGUGUCGUUCACGGCCAACAAGCGCUCCGGCCCGCUCACCAUGACCGUUGCAGAUGAGUCCUCUCUCUCCCUCUCGCGGCCUGAACGAGCACAGCCUGACAUGCCCCUCGCUCCUCCACCCAACGUCAAGCAGGUCCUCACGAUCGUCCUCGCCGUCCUCAUCUUCAAGGUCGUCCUCAACCCGACCAACCUCGUCGGCAUCUCGCUCACGCUCGCCGGUGGCGCCUGGUACGCCAAGGUCGAGCUGCAGGAGAAGGCGGCGCGCUCGGCGGCGGCGGCAGAGGCGGCGCUCGCGCUCGCCGGCGACGAGAAGUGCUGA